GUUUACCUGUCAAACAUUUUGCACGCCGCGUCUUUUUGACAGUUAACCAUACGUGAAAAAAGAAGGUUAUAUUAUAGUAUUUUAGUAAAAUUUUUCCUAAGUGAAUUGUUAAUAUUUUAUUUGUUAAAUUAUAAUAAUUAAAUUAAAAAAAUGUGGCCCCGUUUUGGCGUAAAAGUGGGUAAUAGCACCCUUUGCAUAGCACAUGUUAAACCGUCUGAUACAAAACCAGAUGUCAUAGCCAACAAACAAGGAGAUCGUGUAUCACAAGCAUGUUUAUUAUGGGAUGGCUAUGAGGAAAUCGAGUGUGGUCUAACUGCCAAACAAAAAAUGUCCUCCAAACCAAAACAAGCGGUGGCAAACAGUUUUCAGUUUCUUAAAGCUCCCGAAGACAUAACGGAGGAAUUAUGUACAAAGGCUAGAAAAACGUUACCAUGUGAAUAUGACGCAGACAAGCAUACGUUCGUGUUGAAAGCAAUACAGCCUGGGAAUGACGAUGAAGACAAAGAGGUUGUUAAAGAGAUUUCAGCAUUUGAAGUACAAGUGAAACUUUUUGAAUCGGAACUAGAACUAGCCAGACAAUAUUACAGUGAUGCUACCCAAAAACCUGUUGUUGUCCUUUCCAUACCUAGUUACUAUCCAGCAAACUCUUGGAAUAUUUUGGCCCAAGCCGCCGAAAAAGCUGGCUUCCAUGUGGCUCAGAUAGUGGACGAGCCAACUGCCGCCGUUUUAGCAUACGGUAUUGGUGAGGAUGCCUCCAACGAUGAUGCCAAAUAUGUAUUAACUGUUAAAUGUGGUGGUCUAUUCUCACAUUUUGCGUUGUUCGAAGUUAAGCAUGGUCUAUAUACUAAAAUUGAAUGCUUCGGCCCAUUCCCCAUAGGCGGACAACAGUUCACGGAAGAGCUGGUGAAAUUUAUUUGCGAAGAAUUUCAAAGAAAAUACAAAUUAGAUCCUCAUGAAAGUCGUCGCUCAUUAGCCAAGAUCCGUACUGCUGCUGCCAACUGUAAACAUAUUCUGUCAACUCUACCCUCCACCCAACUGUAUAUAGAUUCUCUAAUGGAUGGCGUCGACUUUAACAAUCAGAUGAGUCGUGCUCGUUUUGAGAGUCUCAUACAACCAGUUAUAAAUUCGUUUAUGCAAACAAUGAACGAAUGUGUAGAAAAGGCUUUGAAAGAUCACCCGGAGAUCAAAAAACUCGAUAAUAUUGUUUUAUUGGGUGCCACUACUCAAAUACCCAAAUUACAAUCGGCCAUCUCCAGCAAGUAUCCCGAUGUUGAAAUAAAUAGUUCCAUAUCAGCCGAUGAGGUCGUAGCUGUGGGUUGUGCCCGCCAAACUCUUUACUUGGAAGAUAGUGAGAAGCAAGUUUUAGAACAGUCCGAAGAAUGUGAAUGUGUAGCCGAAGAAGUCACCAUUUGGCACGGUUCCGCUGAAGAUGAUGAAGAUGCUCAGAAGCUUUUAAAUCCUGGUGAUGUUUUGCCCAAAACUGUAGUUUUAAACAUUAAACUAAAGGACUCAUCUCGGGAUUCGGAAGUAUUCCAAUUGCGUUACGGUUCAAAAGUCAAUGAGGUACAUAUCAAGAAGGCUGCCACCAGUAUACCUGAAGAGGGCUUUGUACGUCUUGAAGCUGAAAUACAAAAAGCGGAAAACAGUGUGCCACUCGUACGAUUAAGAUGUAUAUGAUUGAUUAAAGCAUAAUGAUAGAAAGGACGCAACGAUUGUUGGAAAGAGAAAUAACGCCUUCAGAAAUGCUUUUUAGAUUUAAUUUUUUCUUUUAUUAAAAAACAACUAAUAAACUUUCUUAAAAUACAAACAAUGCAA